GCCGCCGCCAGCAUGUCGGGCGUGCGAGCUGUGCGCAUCAGCAUCGAGUCGGCCUGCGAGAAGCAGGUGCAGGAGGUGGGCCUUGAUGGCACCGAGACGUACCUGCAGCCGCUGUCUAUGUCGCAGAACCUGGCGCGCCUGGCGCAGCGCAUCGACUUCAGCCAGGGCUCCGGCUCUGAGGAGGAGGAGGCGGCGGGGCCUGACAGCGACGCGCCUGACUGGGGCGGCGCGGGGGCCGACCAGGACGACGAGGAGGGGUUGGUAAAAUUCCAACCUUCUCUGUGGCCUUGGGACUCGGUGAGGAACAAUUUGCGAAGUGCCCUCACAGAGAUGUGUGUUCUCUAUGAUGUCCUCAGUAUUGUCAGGGACAAAAAGUUCAUGACUCUGGACCCUGUCUCUCAGGAUGCGCUUCCUCCCAAACAGAGUCCACAGACACUGCAGCUGAUCUCUAAGAAGAAGUCCCUUGCUGGAGCGGCUCAAAUCCUACUGAAGGGAGCAGAAAGACUGACCAAGUCAGUGGCUGAGAACCAGGAAAAUAAGCUCCAGCGAGACUUCAAUUCUGAGCUCUUGAGACUACGGCAACACUGGAAACUGAGGAAAGUGGGGGACAAGAUCCUGGGUGACCUGAGCUACAGAAGUGCAGGCUCUCUCUUUCCCCAUCAUGGUACCUUUGAAGUGAUAAAGAAUACAGACAUUGACUUGGAUAAAAAGAUACCAGAAGAUUACUGCCCUCUAGAUGUCCAGAUUCCUAGUGAUUUAGAGGGGUCUGCAUAUAUCAAGGUUUCUAUUCAGAAACAGGCUCCAGACAUUGGUGAUCUUGGCACAGUUAACCUUUUUAAGAGAACUUUGCCCAAAUCCAAGCCAGGUUCCCCACACUGGCAGACAAAAUUAGAAGCAGCACAAAAUGUUCUUCUUUGUAAGGAAAUUUUUGCACAGCUUUCUCGGGAAGCCGUUCAGAUUAAGUCUCAGAUCCCUCACAUUGUGGUGAAAAACCAGAUCAUCUCUCAGCCCUUCCCAAGCUUGCAGUUGUCCAUUUCUCUGUGCCACUCCUCAGAUGAUAAGAAGUCCCAGAAAUGUGCUACAGAGAAGCCUGGUCAGGAGGACCACCUCUACGUCUUGGAGCAUAACUUGCACCUGCUGAUCAGAGAGUUUCAUAAACAGACCUUGAGCUCCAUCGUGAUGCCACACCCAGCAAGUGCUCCCUUUGGCCACAAAAGAAUGAGACUCUCAGGGCCUCAAGCUUUUGAUAAAAAUGAAAUUAAUUCAAUACAGUCCACGGAAGGACUCCUAGAAAAAAUAAUUAAACAAGCAAAGCAUAUUUUUCUAAGGAGCAGAACUGCUGCAACCAUUGACAGCUUGGCAAGUCGAAUUGAAGACCCCCAGAUCCAGGCCCAUUGGUCAAACAUCAACGAUGUCUAUGAGUCGAGUGUAAAAGUCUUAAUCACAUCUCAGGGUUAUGAACAGAUCUGCAAGUCCAUCCAGCUACAGUUGAACAUUGGUGUUGAGCAUGUCCGUGUUGUGCACAGAGAUGGGCGGGUGAUUACGUUGUCCCAUCAGGAACAGGAGCUACAGGACUUCCUUCUGUCUCAGAUGUCACAGCACCAGGUGCAUGCGGUUCAGCAGCUUGCCAAGGUUAUGGGCUGGCAGGUCCUCAGCUUCAGUAAUCAUGUGGGACUCGGACCCAUUGAGAGUAUCGGCAAUGCCUCCGCCAUCACAGUGGCCUCUCCAAGCGGAGACUAUGCUAUUUCAGUUCGCAACGGACCUGAGAGCGGCAGCAAGAUUAUGGUCCAGUUUCCCCGUAACCAGUGCAAAGACCUUCCGAAAAGUGAUGUUUUACAAGACAGCAAGUGGGGUCAUCUCCGCGGACCGUUCAAGGAGGUUCAGUGGAACAAGAUGGAGGGCCGAAACUUCGUGUAUAAAAUGGAGCUGCUUAUGUCUGCCCUGAGCCCCUGUCUGCUGUGAUUUUCUCCAGAACAAGUUCCAGAAAUACUGACUUGCCUGUUUGCAGAUCGGUUAUAAGCACAAGGGAAGAUGUCUUCCAUAGAAGUACUGAGCGCAGACUCAUGUGCACUGGUGCUCCAGUCUUUCACGGGAGCCCUGUUUAAAAGUUACGUGUUUACCUUGCAGCUUGAAUUCUCUCACUUUAUAAGUGAUGAGUACUUUGGAAUGGAAAAAUGUGUGUACAGUUAUAGUAUGCAGUAUGGGGAGAUGUAAAAUAGUACAUUUUUUUAUACAGCUAACCUGAAAAUAU